AUGAAUUCUCCCAGCUCCUCGAGCUCUUUCUGCUCUUCAAGCUCAUCUCCGAGCUCCCUUGUACUGUACUCCCCGGACACUUGUCAAGUUUGUGGGCAGAAAUCUCAUGGAAAGCAUUUUGGAGCAGUCACAUGUCGAGCCUGUGCUGCGUUUUUCAGACGUUGCGGUUCGGCGAACAACUUUAAACCCUGCAGACGGAAUAUGAAUUGCGAGUUUUUGAAAAAUGGAUGGUUCAACUGCAAACCGUGUCGGCUGAAAAAAUGUCAGGAUGUGGGAAUGACCAUUGAGAAUUUUCAAUUCGAUCGGGACUCAUUUUCCCCGAAAAAGGCAAAAAUUGCACUUGAAAACUUCCAUAACCAAGUGCCAUUUUCCAUUGCAACAUUCACAGGUCGAUCAAAUUUGAUAGUAAUCUCUGCGCCGACUGAAGAGGAAUGCAUUCCAAAAUGUUAUAUUGACGUGCAGUUUCUUAUCGAUAAACUGUCAAAUGUUCUGAAAGAAGGGCCAGAGGUUCCUCUUCAUACUCCAAAUGCUCUGGAAAAGCUCGCUCUCGGCCUUCAAAUAAUUCGAGGAAGGAAGCGAGAGCUGAAGUUGAUCACGAAACUUGGCAAAGAAGAAACUCUUGGAUUAUGGCAAGAUGACAUGAUGAAGGUGGCCAAGUGGCUCACUUAUUUUGAUGAUUUUCAGCAGCUCUCACAUAGAAUGCGGUCCGAAAUGCUCAAGGGAAUGUGGAAGGUGUGGAGUCGCCUGGAGACGCUGGCUCUUACAGCAAUGGGUCGCAGGCUUAUGAUUUGCCAAAAGGAUAUGAUCAUGACACAUACCGAAAAAGAGCAAGUGAUGGCUCAUCCGAAGCAAAUAGAAGUUGACAUUUCGUGGUGUUCGAGGUAUACGCUGGAGCAGUUGAGAUUCUUCGCCGACAGUGACCUCGAUGACCGCAACGAGCAGGUAAUUCAGGCUAUGAUGGAGCUGCAGCCAACUGAUGUAGAACUUUCCUACAUGAUGUGCCAAGCUUGCCUUCAUUACGCCGGUAAACGUUAUCAAGGAGAGGUGCUGGAAAUUGCUGAAAGGUUCCAAGAGACCCUGUCAAAUCAUCUACACGAUUACUAUGUGAAUCGUAUGAAUAUGCCUCAGUACUCGAUGAGAGUUGCCAACCUGAUGAAGAUCAAUAAUCAUAUUCAGCUCGACAUAUACCGAGGCCGUGUGAAAUACGAUCUGGCGAGGGUGUUUGAUGUCUUUUACCUGGAGUUCUCACAUCCGGAAGUCUUCAUUGAUCUUUGAUUUUUUAUGUAUAAUUUAUGAAACUCAGUGCUAUAAAAGUAACUGAUCUUUGAAA